AUGGGCUGCCCGGACAUUCACGCAUACUACAAAGCCACUAUACUUAUGCACGCAAUAACCACACAGGAUGGCAACAAAGGCCCUCUGUGGGCAGAUAUUGAAUCUCACUGGUCCCUCCCUGAAGGGAUUCACCUUCUUCUUUGGAUUCCAAAGCCCUCUCGCCCUAAAGUUAGUAGCCUAUUACCCAUGACAGCGGUGAUGCUAAAAAUCUGGGACUAUCAUAAACAUUCCUUCCUCUCCAGACUACCGAUCUCCCUAGCCACGCCGCUCAGAUGUUUUCAUUAUUUAGUUCCAACCUUCAACAGCAAUAGCUGGGAAAGUCAUGGCCUCACGCACCUACACCACCUAUGGUCAGGAGACUCAAUGUCCCAAUUCGCGCAACUGUGCCUGAAACACGAUAUCCCUACAGGGUUGUACCUUUCUUACUUGCAAAUUCAAGCGCGCACACGCCACACACAACUUAAACCCACAGGGAAUGUAAACCAACACCACAACAUGACACUCAUUGAGAAAAUGUGCACAGGCCAAUUACCCAAAAGAAGAUUAAUAUCAUUAUGUUAUGACUCGUUGUUGUCAACCAACAAGACGUCUUUACCGUCUUAUACAUCUGCAUGGGAAAGGGAGCUGGAAUACACAAUUCCAAAGGAAAAAUGGCUUACAGCCUUUAGCGCACAUAAAUCCCUCACCCACUGUGUAUCCCACAUCGAACUGCUUAGAAAGAUUUUAACGAGAUGGUAUCUGGUUCCUGCGAAAUUAGCAAGAAUAUACAAAACCAUAAAAGACACGUGUUGGAGGUGCGGAGAGAAAGGAGGCACCGUGACACAUGUCUGGUGGAAAUGCCCGGUCAUACAACCCUAUUGGGACAUGGUAGCCACUUUGCUAAUGGAAGUAGUGAACAUACCCAUACCUCGUUCCAUUGAGACAUUCGUACUGUUCAUGUUACCCAAAACACUAACUCUUGCGCAAAGAACCUUAGUGUUCCACAUCCUAAUCUCAGCAAACCUGCUCACUGCUAGGAACUGGAAAUCACCCACACUGCCUAGCUUGUUAGACAUCACUACACUAGUCACUACCAAUGGACAAUAUGAGAAAAUGGCCCACACCAACUCCUUGAGACCUCACAAAAAGAUGGAAGGUUGGGCCCUAUCCAAGGGAGUAUCAACUCUCUUUAGUAACCAACUAUCUUUUUCCCUGCUCAGGAAAAUAGGUGACACCCAUGGUAGAUACCUGAUCAUAGUGGCAAAAAUCAAUGAGCAAACAUACACUAUAGCCACAGUGGAUAUCCACUUAAUCCAACAUUCAAUCCCACCAUAG